AUGCGGCAAUCGCCUGCAGCGGAGCAACUUAAAGAGCGACUUCGAGAAAAAGGCGCGGUUCCAGAACUCUACACGUUCGACAAAUUCUCCCAGCCUUGUGCUGUGUACAUCAAGCUCUUAUUCCCACGGCUCAACAAGCAAACCUAUGCGACCGCUACCAGAGAUGCAUCCUUUUGUUAUAUCGGAUCCACCAACAUCACUGUUGCCAAGAGAGAAUACAACAGGGUUGCAAAGCUUCGUCAACUACAACAACUCAAACUACCCAAAACUGAGAUUGCCAUUCGAUAUUGGAAUGACUCCCAGACCUACCUGCACUACAGCACCAUUCUUCUUUCGCAGCACUCGGAGUAUAUUGACGCCUGGGCCGAAGAACACAGCCUGAUCCAAAGAUGGCAGCCCAAGCUGAACUACCCAUUUGUCACGAAGGAGCUGGUCAAGAAAGCCCAAUUCUGGAAACUAUUGUAUUCCAUCUCCAGUGACACCAAACAAGAAUUUGAAGCCUCCAAAGAGUUGCGCAGCGGCAAGCACGAUGCAGAAACCGUCACCCUGCUCUACAGACUCGCCAACCACAUGGAGCAGCCGUGGAGAUCAAAAGCUCGAGCUCGACUACGAAAAGUUCUGCAGUUCAAGAACGCAUCGGUCCCAAAGCACAAUAAGACCCGUGGUCACUGGCCUGGAAACUUUGCAGCUACCUACAACGUUGGAGCUGGCAACGCCUUCUAUUCCUCCAAGCAGCGCAUCAAGAGACAACAUCAGGACCAAUUCCAGCGGCUGGCAAAGAGCAUUUUGGCCAUGAUUCCUGACGACUACAUCAUACACAACGAAGGCCACGCCAACGCACAUUCCAUGAUCUAUUGCCCCACCAUCUACAACCAAGCCGCCUACAACACCUGGAUGGACAAGCAGACAUUCCGAAUACUAGACAAAGCCCCGGAGGAGAUCAAGCAGGACAUGCAACACAACACCCCCAAGGUGGUCGCAAAGCACUACGCCAAGCUCCUCGCCUACGAAAAGCCCCUGCCGUAUGGGUAUAUACUCAUGAAAAAGAAGAAGCGAUGGGCCAAGGGGAGGACCAUUAUCGCGUACAGCAAUACGUGCAUCGGCAAAUUACUGAAGAUCGAAAUACACCAGCUCUUCAACAACAACGAGCACCUGUACCCGGAGCGCCAUUUGAAAUUUCUCAAUCACGAUUUGGUCGGAUUCUUUAAUUCGAUACCACAAUCCGACAUUCUUCAGAGCAUCCACUUCCUCACGUCCCAAUUCCUUGACGACCACAACCCCGCCAUCACCGUCGACCCGCACAACAAGAUCGCGCCCGCACACUCCGGCAAGUCAACCUACAGCCUGAAAUCCAACAUGGUCAAGGUACAAGCCGAACACAUACCAGCCAUCAUUCAGUUCAGCUUUGACGCCUGCGCUUUCACAGCCAUUGGGGAGGUCUUCCAGCAGACUUGCGGCACGUCCAUGGGAAACCAAAUCAGUCCCAUCCUUUCUACGUGCGCAAUAGUGGCCACAGAAAUCACAUGGCUACGAAUGUACGGCCAGUUCGUCAGCAGCGCCCACCUUCAUGACAAAUUCUGGAUUCGCAGGUACGUCGACAACAGAGCCAUCAUCGUGGAUGAAGACGAGCUCCAGAGCAAUCCAUAUAUCCAGCAGCUGGCGUCAUUGCAUUUCUACAAGAAGCCAGUACAACUUGAAGAUGACGCAUGUGAUGACUUCCUGGGCUUCCGCAUUCACGCGGAUGAUCGGCGGAUCACCUACAACCUCCACCGAGAAGCUUGGAGAUAUCGACUACCACAAUCAGGGGGAUCCACAAAACUGCGACUCAGUGGAUACCACAGCAGAAAGCACCUUAUUCGAACCAUUGCCUACCCAGCAGACGUGGCCAAGAAACAGCUGCAGGAGCUUGACGACCUCUACAGUAGCCGGGUUAAGAAGUGCAAAAAGCAGCGCGCCAAUGCCGCCGGAAAUGCCAUAAUCCUAACCGACAUCGACACGGACUCUGACGCUAUGGAAUACACGGUCAGACUACCGCACGGGCUACCGCUGGACAUGAAUGCACCCGUGCACUCAGUGGCCACGGAUGACCCGGUAGAACAAGAAUGUGAACUACUCCUUCAGCAAAGAUACAUUCCAUUUGAAGUUUUCCCAUGGCUCUCCACAAAGCUCAACUCAGAAUUCCUUGGAGCAUCUGCACUCACCCGAGCAGGCAGACGAGCAACAGCCUAUACAGUUGGCACAUACUACCACGCGGGCAGCAUCGGAGUACGUACCAACACAAGGCAGAGACCAUGGACGGCAGCUACACUGGCAUACAUGGUGCGAGCAUGCACUCACACGUCGUUUUCAACGGUGUUCCUAUUGCGCAACAUACACAUGGGCACUCAUCGAGACAAGUACAACAAGCCAGGAAGCCUCAAUGUAGUGAUCCCAGUAUCAGCUUUUCGACAAGGACACCGAUGGAUAGAAGAAGACAAUGGACCAGAUCUUUCUCCGAAUGGACAACAUCGCGGACGUAACAUUGAACUCAAGUUGCCCGGAGUUGAGUUCAGCCCAUUCAAACUCCACGGCACAUGUCCAUGGAAAUCAGAUCGAUUGAUCAUCUCAGCCUACACCACCAAUCGCAUCGAGGACAUAUGCAGCGAGGACAAGCGAUACCUCCAACAGCUUGGCUUCAACCUCGCCUAA